CUCAGUUUCUGAGGACCUUUGUGCUCUAAGAUGGCCAACGCUACAGGGCCUUCCAGCACUAUGCAGUCACUUCGGAAAGAAGCAGUGUGUACCAUCUGUAUGGAUUAUUUUAAGGACCCUGUGUCCAUUGGCUGUGGGCACAAUUUCUGCAGAGAGUGUGUGACCCAGUUGUGGGGCAACGACGAUGAACAGGACCGGGAACAGCCUGCUGCAGCGGGUCAAGUCGUUAGAGAGGCUUUGUUUCCUAGGCACCCAGAACAGGAGGUGCUUGAGUACAGACCUGGACACUGGAUUGGUCUUAACCGUAGAAGGCAUCAGAGCAGUGCAGACUCUGUGUGGGAUGAAGAGGAAGAAGACUGGAACAGUUUUCGAGGAUUGGUACGUGACCUGAGAAUUAGGGUUUUACCAGAAGAAAGAGGUGAACACCUCCAUGAUGGUCACCCCUAUGGGCGCCACCGCCACCAUCCAGGCUUCCGCCGUGGCCCCCCACAUCCAUCGGUGCGUCGUCGGCAGCGCCGUCUAGAAGACCGAGUACGUUCUCCAACUCGUCCCACACCACAGGUCUUCAGCUGCCCACAAUGCCAAAGGGCUUUUCCAAGGCGCAGUUUUCGACCCAAUUUGCAGCUUGCCAACAUGGUCCAUAUAAUUCGCCAGAUUUGCCAUACUCCAUGAAAUUAUCAACGCAUGUGCUCCAAAUAUGAGGAAACCCUGGAGCUCUUCAGUGAGGUGGAUAAA